AUGGAAAAUCAAGACACUAGAACUUUCGAAGAUUUAUUAUAUACCGAUAAUUAUAUGGAAGAUGAUGACAUUUACGCAUACACAUGCUCAAUUCCAAUAUUUGAAGAAAGUGAAGGUGAAAGUGACAAGGAGUAUGAAGAGCAAGAAUAUAGAACAGACGAGCUGAGAGUCAAUGAGGAAUUCGCCAUUGACGAUGUGCAAGAAACAGAGAUAGAGGUUCCAAAAGAAGAAUUAUCACCGUGCAUUAUUGUCACUAAUAACGAUGGAAGUAUACGGCGUUGUGGAAGACGUAAUUCUGAGAAUCAGAGAAGGUUUUGGAAUCUUGCCGGCGUCUGGGAAGUGGAUAAACGUGCCGUCGAAGAAAUGGAGAAUGAGCCAGAAAAAUUGGGAAUUUGCUACAAACAUUAUAUGUUUGACCGAAAUUAUCUACAUGUGCGUGAUUCCGAACACAAAAAGAGCCAUACAAGUUCCAUUAUUCGAAAGCGUCGCUGCAUGUUUUGCAAUAAAAAUUUUGGUGUGUUCAGUCGUGGGAGUGGCUGUGAAGAGCACUGCUGGUCUUUUCUGAACAAAACGAUCCAAACACCAUGUAUAGGACAACAUAAAUGUCCGGCAAUAGGAAAAACGGGGUUUCCGCCGCUUGUUAAGAAAGCAGCUGAUGUUGAACAAGCACGUUACAUUUGUUGCGCAUGUUAUGAAUCUCUUGGCGGACAUUUACAUCAACAAAUGGGUAGAGGCAACAAAGAGAAAAAAGUUAUCUGUACUAGUCCAGCAAUGAAAAAACAUGACAAUGAUACAGACGAAUCAAUGAGACUUUUAACAAAUUGGAUGUCAUAUGUAACUAAGAAAAAUGACAUUAAUUUAAAAAAGAGAGACAAUCUUGAAAAGCCAUAA